AUGCUGAGACCUGGUGCCGGAAUGGAUGUGCAACCAACUCCACCUCGUAAGCGUAACGAUAGGCCGAAUGGAUCUUCUCGAAAGCAAAAGAGACGUAGAUUGGAAAAAUCACUGGUGGACCUGGAAACCACUUAUGUGGAUGAUUGGAAGUUGAACAUGGGCGCCUCUCUUGCUGAUCGCCUAGAAACAAUCGCUUCUGAAAAGAAAUUGACAAUUCUUCAAGUAAAACGAUUGCUUAAGGAUGUUUUAACGAAUCCCGCUGUUGUAAAUGCGUUCAGACAAUACAUGAGUGGGCAACUUACUUUAUUGGAGCCGGAGACAGGUGCGGCUUCUACGUCCACACGAAGACAUGCCCAAUUUCUUGGCUUUGACCUUUCUGCCUUCGGCCCCCGGUCCAAUAUAAUGGAUAUUUUGUCCCGAAGAUCAGUUACUAGAUCUCUAGCUAGAAAACUGAAGGCUGAAGCGGCUCAAACUAAUUCCACUUUGCCCCAUGAAAAGGGUAACCACAGCAAAUCGUCAUUGGAAGGUGAUUUCUUACAGCAGAAGCCUAACACACUGCUUGAUAUGGACUUUUCUGAUGGGGAUGAUGAAGUGGAAUGUGAAGGAGAUAUGACAAAUACGGAAAAAGUAGUGGAGACAACUGCCGCAGAAGUUGUUCCAACGCCCAUCGACAAUGGCAUAGGUCGUCAGCGGGACGAGGACUAUCAUCCAACUGCGGACGAUAUUAGUCUCAUGCAACGCGAUCUCUAUUACGAUCUUGAGGAUACAGAAGCGAAAUCUGUCUCAAGCAGUGCACUCGAAGAAGAAGAGGAGGGCGAAGCAGAUAGUCCCACGACGAGUUUAUGCACCGUCGAACCCUUCGACACACCUCAUCGGGAUUACUUCCUGCGUUCGCGAAAAGGUGAUGAUGCCUCCAUGCAGGACUGUCUCGGUGGGCUGACGCCCAAUGUACUAAGUAUGCUCGACGAGGACGAGCCCAAUAUGGGUGCUGAAAUGGAUGCGCUGAAAUUCGCUAAAGCCAUAUCUUCACCCAACGCUAGUGUUGAAAAUGAUCCAGAGGACCAAAUCUAUACCAGUUUUCUAAGGUCUCUCUUCGAGUCGUCCCCGCAGGAAACCAGCGCUUUAUCUCCUGGAGUAGAACCCCAACCACUCGACCCCAUGUUGAACCCAGAUGCCGCGCAUUGUAUUUCGGAAACAUCGAAUGCGCCGAUGGGCCCGAACUACUCCACCGCGAAUGAGAGCAGAACAGGUGCGGACGAAUGUGACGAUCCUGACUUCGAUGUCAUGGCUGAAUUGGAGUCCAUUUGCUAUGACGAUCUCUUCGACGAGUUGAGAUCCGAUCGUGCUGUCCGUAUCUCAAAAAUGGAAGCAAAGGAGCUACGGCGAGACUUGGUGGAUCUGCUAAGCGAUGAUAUCUUCUUCGGAGAAGAUUUUUCCACAUUUGCUAAGGCUCCCACAUCAACAAAAUCAUCUGCUGCACAACACAAAACUUCCAGCGGCAAAACUGCUGAUGUGUCCUCAUACCCUCCUCUCCCACCACCUCCUUUUGAUUAUAAUACAAAUGAACGCCUUCGACGUCAAAUUUCUAUGCACGUGCAACUCCUCUGUUCCACCCUGACCUGCUGCAUCCACCGUAUAGAUUUGGAGAAGUCAGUGUGCAACGUCGUGAGAGAGGCCUUUACCGACUUUCGCGGUGCCUUUCGGACAGUCAAAGAGGAUCCAUACACAUACGUGACAGGCCUCUCAGAUCUCAACGAUCUUUUCUCCUCCGCAUCCGCUUUCAUGACUGAGUUUGCCGGUCUCACUGUCCUCCCACUACCACCACCCGUUCCCCCUGCCUCCGCCUCGAACCCUCCUCUCCUACCCCUUCCCUUCAACCUUCUUGACUUUGUUGCUCGCAGUUCCAUUUGGGCCUACCCGCACUUCCUUCCCCGUGGUCUUGCCUCUAGACCGCACACUCUCUCCAAAAGACUUUUCAGCAAAGACGAGGAUAACCUUAUUGUUCUUGGUCUGGCCAACCUAAUUGAGUUUGCUCCACAUCGAUUCAACCUCUUCGCGGAGGGUCUUAACCGUCGCAACAGACCCACGGUAGACAACUCUACCGCUGCCGCAGCUAAGCGUGCCAUGGUGUUCGACUUCAUUACUAAAACUCUCAUCCCUACCAAGACUAGUCUGCAGCUGCACAAUCGCAAACUCUACAUGGAGAAGAUGAUUCAACGAGACUGGCUCAAUGUACGACGGAAUGCCAAGUCAUCUCUCUAUCUCCUCAUCCUCGAUCUCAUUUCGGGGGAUUUUGAGGGAUUGCAGGCACAACGUGACCUCCUCCGCGCCUGCGUCACCAGCUUCGCGCACCGCACACGCGCCGCUUCUGUCGGUGGUGGCGUGUUGCAGCGAGGCAGCGUUUUCUCACGGCCUGGCUGCUGGUCACUCCUACCACCCGAAUACGUGCAUUGCUGCCGCACGCUGCAGGCGCAGGUCGAGGCGGGCGCAACAGGCACUCCGCAGCCCUCGGUGGAAACCCUGCUCCCUGUGUUCACCGAGGGCGCACCCCAAAAUGUGGAGUUUUUCUUAUCGGCACUGCUCACCUGGUGGCCUCCUAGUGAUGCUGAUGAGAUGGGGAAGCGGGAAGAAGAGAUAGCUGAAGUCAAUGCCUUCCCUGCUCCUCCACCACCGGUAGGCGUGCCAUCAGCUAAUAUGAUCAUUUUACUGCCUACUUUGGUUCAACCCGUCGUUCCCAUCACUUCCACAAACCCGUCCUCAUGUCACCUUCCUCUUCCUGUCACAACUAGCAUAUCAACGAGUCCAGGGCCUCUACGACCUCCAGCAAUGCCUUCUGUACCACCCAAACACUCUCUUCCUAGUUCACUAGCUCACCCGAUCCCACGCAAGCCUCCUCUUGCACUCCCCCCCAAAACGUCUCGCCCUAACCAGACUCAAGACUCCCAAACAACGCCACCACCACCCAGCAGCAAUGGCAGUAGUACCCGCAAUCAGUUCCUGCCCCAAGUGAGCAAAAUAAUUCACUCUUUCCAUGCAGUCCUUGAUCGUGUACUGCGCGGUCUGACCUCACAAACGCAAUCUCGAUCCUCCACCUCUGCUGCACUCACGGCUCGUUUCCUCCGACACUGUCGUCGUGGCACACCUGGCUGGCUGCCCAACGUUACUACGGCUGUUAAGGAAGCGGACGAAUCAGACGUCCGACGGGCACGCUGCCUCCUUGACCGCUGCCGCCUCCACCUCGGUCGCCAGACACAUGCAGAGGUUGUCCGUUCUCUAACCGAACAUCAGCCCAUUAUUCCUCUUGAGCGCCUUCUUUACCUCCUCUCUCCCUCGCGCCCUCUGUGGGAGGAGUUCGUAGCACUCUGUUUAACCCCCGGGCAGGCCCGAUCCCUCCAUAUCUACCCGAUCUAUGCGCAUUUACAACGUGUGGGAGAAAUUCAUUCCCUUCUUCACGCCUCUCUUCCCCGUGCCAAACGACUCUGGUCGCGUUUGAAGAAGCUGGCAGAUGCUCGAGAAUCCGAAGAGUUGAGAAUUCCUGCGAUUGAGGGUGCGCCUCACCUCUCCGAAUCUUCCCGCAGUGGCGGCGGUCGUAAGCGAUCGAAGAAACGGCGACGACGACAGCAAGACUUGCGGAAUGGAGAUGAGGAUGAUGAAGACGGAGAGAGGCAGAAGCCAUCAAGAGAUGUUUACAAAUCAGCCUGGUCGCUGCUUGAGACCGCUUUGAAAGACCGGCACGCCUUGCAUGCUCAGACGGCUAUCUCACUGGACCCCUUUCAGAGGCCCUAUUCUAACUUUUCUCAAACCUUUGAGGUGGUUGAAACACUGGCUCGGAAGCCUUUAACAUCACUAGAGCAUGCUCCAAGCCUCCAGCAAGUUUCUACGCCUCCGAAGCCACUGCCAAGGCUGGUGGACGUGUUCGCUCACCGAUCCAAUCCUACGUUGGAUGGUGCAUUUGUGGAGAGUCUGCAGUGGGAAGUGUCCACCGAGCUUUCAUCUAGCGCCUCCGCAACGGCCAAAUCAAAGUUAGCGAACCGGUGUCCAUGUUCUUGCCAUGACAAGAGGAAGUGGGGCGCCUUAACUCCACAGACGCCCUCACAGUCGCACCAAUCGGGUCUUCUGACCCCUUCUGGGAACAAGUCCUCUGCCAAGGCGGAUAGUCUGGGACUCCGACACUGCAUCAAAUGCAGUCUUAGGGUUCACCAGGGCGUGGUUUACGUUGAUGAAUGUAAUUUCCACCUGGCUCACGUCCAAAUCACCUGGCCGGAGGGUUUCAGUCCUCCCAUGACCUCUCAGGCUGCUUGCAUCUACCCUCUUCCUCCACCCUCGUCUACACCUCCUCCCCCACCUCCUCCUCCUCUUGCCAUCGCAACCCAACUUAACACACAGCAGGCACUUCAUGCCUUGGAAGCCUACCAAAAAUCCAACUCUAAUGGCAACGCUCCCAGGGUACCCGAUUUGGCUCGGCGUCAGGUCUCUGUGGAUUUUGGCGAACUGGUUUUACCUGCUUCAAGGAAGCCCCUCGAUCUGCCCGAUAGUCCAGCUGUCCUCUCUCCCAUGACCGAGGAGUGUGUUAAGACUCUUGCCUCGGGUGGCAUGGCCUACUCCUCUUCCUCACCCAUUUACCCACCCUCCAUCUUCCAAAUACCCCCCGUUGAAGUUGACGAUGAGGCCUGUUUCAACACUGAGGCAUUCAAGCAGCGUAACAGUGAGAAGGAAAUCUCAACGGCGACGGCCAUCACCACCCCUCCCACUGGCAGCGCUGGUCAGUCUUCUGCGUGGUCCAUGGCGGAGGACCGUCGACUUCUCGAGUACUUCCGUGAUGUUGGUCGGUGUUCGUCUCGACUCUUCCGCAAACUGGCCGCUCAAUGGCCUGAGCGGUCGAUGGAGGAGAUGAUGGCACGGUUUAAGUACCUCAUGCUGGUCGCCUAUGGCGAGGACUAUAAUAUGGACUUGAUCGGCAGCGAUGAAGACUACGAGGGCGGUGAUGGCAGUGGUGGCUGUGAAAGUAGUUGCGAAGGCAGUGGCAGCCCCAUUGACUCGGACCGCGACAUGGAGGAAGAGGAGGAGGAGGAUUAG